AUGAUUUUAGUCAAGAGUUUAACUGCUAUGGCAACGGAAAAAUUGCUUCUAAAAACAUCGGGUCAGCAAUUCUUAGAUGGUGUUGAUUACAUGUAUCGGGUAGGACUAUCUCCAAGUCGAUUAUCAGUAAUGGAAACGGCUAGUGGCAAAUUUAUUCUUCAGUUUCAUUCAAGAUGUGAUAUUCGUCCUUUUGCAGCUAAUUAUCCUAGUUUUCAACGUUUACUUCGGGGCAUCGUUCAUGUGAGAGCAUGGCGAAUUCAAUCUAUCGAAUUUUUAAAUGUGGAUUUCAAAAUGCCCGACAUUCCUGAUGUUGAACGCACACUUGAAAGAUUGGAAGUAAAUUUAGUGCUAUUACGCAAUUGUACAUAUAACACAGUUAUCAAGUCUUCAUCUGCAUAUCAAAUUUUAUUGGCACUCAAUCGAAACAAAAAAUGUAUCGUUUGCGAGUAUGGAGAUGACAGGUUGAAAGAUCGAGUCUUACGUGGAUAUCAGCGUUCUUCUUUCAGUAACAAUAACUUACCGGGCUUGAAUGCUGCAUCUGUAACAUACAACUAA